CGUCCGUCCGCCCGCCCGCCCGCCGGCCAUGGCAGGAGCCGGAGGCGGCGGCUGCCCCGCGGGCGGCAACGACUUGCAGUGGUGCUUCUCGCAGGUCAAGGGGGCCAUCGACGAGGACGUGGCCGAAGCUGACAUCAUCUCAACUGUUGAAUUUAAUUACUCUGGAGACCUUCUUGCAACAGGAGACAAGGGCGGCAGAGUUGUUAUUUUUCAGCGGGAACAAGAGAAUAAAGGCCGCCCUCACUCUAGGGGAGAAUAUAAUGUUUACAGUACCUUUCAAAGUCAUGAACCAGAGUUUGACUAUUUGAAAAGUCUAGAAAUUGAGGAAAAAAUUAAUAAAAUUAGGUGGUUACCACAACAGAAUGCUGCUCAUUUUCUACUCUCUACAAAUGAUAAAACUAUUAAAUUAUGGAAAAUAAGUGAACGGGACAAAAGAGCAGAAGGUUAUAACUUGAAAGAUGAAGAUGGACGGCUUCGAGACCCAUUUCGAAUUACAGCACUGCGGGUCCCAAUAUUGAAGCCUAUGGAUCUUAUGGUAGAAGCAAGUCCACGACGAAUUUUUGCAAAUGCUCACACAUAUCAUAUAAAUUCCAUUUCAGUAAAUAGUGAUCAUGAAACAUAUCUUUCUGCAGAUGACCUGAGAAUUAAUCUAUGGCAUUUAGAAAUCACAGAUAGAAGUUUUAACAUCGUAGACAUCAAGCCUGUGAAUAUGGAGGAGCUGACGGAGGUGAUCACGGCGGCCGAAUUCCACCCGCACCAGUGCAACGUGUUUGUCUACAGCAGCAGCAAAGGGACCAUCAGACUGUGUGACAUGCGCUCCUCGGCCCUGUGUGACAGACACGCGAAGUUUUUUGAAGAACCCGAAGAUCCCAGCAGUAGGUCCUUCUUCUCAGAAAUAAUCUCCUCCAUCUCCGAUGUGAAAUUCAGUCACAGUGGUCGGUACAUGAUGACCCGAGACUACCUGUCGGUGAAGGUGUGGGACCUCAACAUGGAGAGCCGGCCCGUGGAGACCCACCAGGUCCACGAGUACCUGCGAAGCAAGCUUUGUUCUCUGUACGAAAACGACUGCAUCUUUGACAAGUUCGAGUGCUGCUGGAGCGGUUCGGACAGUGCGAUCAUGACCGGGUCCUACAACAACUUCUUCAGGAUGUUUGACCGGAACACACGGAGGGACGUCACGCUGGAAGCCUCCCGGGAGAACAGCAAGCCUCGGGCCAGCUUAAAGCCUCGGAAAGUGUGUACAGGCGGUAAGAGAAAGAAGGACGAGAUUAGUGUGGACAGUCUGGACUUCAAUAAGAAGAUCCUGCACACGGCCUGGCACCCGGCGGAGAACAUUAUCGCCGUGGCUGCCACCAACAACCUGUACAUAUUCCAGGACAAACUCAACUAAGGAAGCCAGCGCAGGGACUGAGCCCGGCCGUCUUCUCAGCGGAGGGGCGUCAUCCUCCCUGUGAGAAGUCACGGGCCGCUGCCCCCUCCCCUGGAUGGCUGGGGGGCCUGGCCUUCCCCCUGCGGCGAGGCGGCCCGGGCCGCUGCCCGCAGAACACCGUUCAGCGCGGAUGUGGUGGACAGUGCCCAGUAAAGGCCAUCACUCAAAAUAAAUGUAUUUAUUUCAGUCUGA